AUGGUGAAGGCUGAUUCGGACAUUUCUCAGGUCAAAUCUCGUGCCACAAAUGAUGAAUUGUUGUUUGAAAAAGGAGAUUUUAGCAAAACUUAUCUUGCGAAAUCAAAGCUUGUUUCCAAAGCCAUUGAUGAGAUUGGUUUUGGGAAGUAUCAGCUUUGUUUGUUCUGUGUAGCUGGAUUAGGAUAUUUUAAUGAUAAUUCAAUGCCCAUAGCAACAAGUUUGAUCCUUCUGAGAUUAGUCGAAGUCGAUGGUGUUCAUGCACCGGUGGGUAAAUCACCCUAUUUAACAUUGGCCCAGAAUCUCGGGCUUUUAGUUGGGGCAUUUUUCUGGAGCCUUUCAGCAGAUAUAAUCGGUCGAAGAUGGGCUUUUAAUCUAACCUUUUUGAUUACUGGGGCUUUUUGUCUUGUAGCAGGCGCAUCACCAAACUUUGCUGCAAUCGGAGUAUUUGAUGCAUUUUGGUCUAGUGGAGUUGGUGGUAACUUACCCAUAGACCUGACUCUAUUUAUUGAGAGUCUUCCGACAUCAAAGAGGUGGCUUUUGCCAGUUAUGACAAUUUGGUGGGCUCUAGGGCAAUUGGUUGCGAAUUUAUUAAGUUGGGCUCUCAUAAGUAACUUCUCAUGCGAUGAUACGUCUACUGAAUGUUUGAAAGAAAACAACAAAGGGUGGAGAUACUUUUUAUUCACUUUAGGAGGAUUAACUUUAGUUUUCUUUUUGGCUAGAUUGGCUUUCGAUGUUCAAGAAAGUCCAGCAUUUCAUCUUGCAAGAGGCAGAGACGAUAGAGCAGUCGCAGCUUUAGAAAAUAUAGCUAGAAUAAACAAGACAUCAACUGAUAUCACCAUUGAAGAUUUUCAAAAAAUUGAUAGUCUUGAACUAGACGGAGAGCCAAUUAUAGAACAUGAUAAUUCUCAUUUUUUAAAAAACGAAUUAUUGAUGCAAAAAUUAGCAAAGUUUGACUUGAGCCAUAUAAAACAAUGUUUCCACACCCCAAAGCUUGCCUAUUCUUCAACUUUGGUGAUUCUUACGUGGUCAAUUAUUGGAUUGGCUUUUCCCUUGUACAAUGCUUUUCUUCCGACUUACCUUGAACAAAGAGGUAAUGCUAAUAAACCUCUUAGCGUCAGUGAGACAUACAGAAACUCGCUAAUUGUUGCGGUGGUUGCUAUUCCAGCUUGCAUUCUAGCUGGCUUCAUGGUGGAACUAAGGAUUGGAAGGAAAGGAACGCUUAGUAUAUCUUUGGCUUUGACCGGGGUUGUGCUAUUCUGUAGUACCACUGCAAAAACUUCUAAUGCUUACUUGGGUUGGAAUUGUGCCUUCAGCUUUGUUUCCGCUAUAAUGUAUGGUGUCCUUUACGCUUACACUCCAGAAAUAUUUCCAACUACAAUAAGAGGUACCGGCUAUGGUCUUUCUUCCUCAGGCAACCGACUUUUCGGAGUUUUUGCUCCAUUGAUCGCUAUUUAUGCCGACUUGACCACUGCUUAUCCCAUAUACAUCAGUGGUGCACUCUUCUUUCUUGCUGCUAUCCUAUCCGUGCUUUUUCCCUAUGAAUCUAGGAAUAAAUUAAGUAUUUGAGUAUGUAUGUCUUUUAUCUUAUAUCUAUAUUGAAAAGUGAUGAUGUAUGCUUCAGUGUAAAUCCGCGCUC